AUGGAAUUCCUUGGAUUCUGUCAGGAAUCAUUCCCGGAGCCUCCCGGAAUCCGACCAUUUCCAUUGGAAUUCCUUGGAAAAAAGUGGGAAUUUCCAUGGAAUUGGAAACCAAAAUGGCUGAUGCUCCAGCCAGUUGCUUUCCAUAGAAAUUCCAUGGAAUUCCAUGGAAUUCUGACUUUCCAGUGGGAAUCUGGUGGAAUCCGCAGGAACUCAUGGAGGAGAGUAAAGACCUCUUACCAGUUGGUAGAACAUUCUUUUAGCAGGCACAAUAGUGUCUGGUUUUGGGUCUAUUCUAUUACCUGUAUAUGUUUGAAAGUAAUCUAUGGGUCGGAUGAGCUCAGUGUGAUCUCUGAGGUGUUCUGCAAGCUGUCCUCACUUACCAAGUGCAGUACUUCCUAUGCUAUUCACACUUGUGAUCUAAGAAGCCUGGACAAUAUUUCUUCUGCUCUGCAAAACACGUACAAAGAACUUGACAACGCAAACCACAUCAUCAACAUGCUCAGACUGGAGCUUGCAAGCGAAAAGGUCAAGAAGAGCCAUAAAGGAUCCAAAUCAGAUGUACCAGAAGAACUCUUGACAGCGGAUCAAGAGAUCGCCAAGCUUGCCCAGAUCUAUCUCCUCUUCCAUCAACCAUGGCCUUCAUUCGACUUCAACAGCAGUGAACGAUACUCAACUGAGGGCAACAUCAUGUUAGGCGCUAGUGCAGAGUUGUAUGAGUGUGUUCCAGAGUGCCUCCAUGACUACAUGCAAAGUCACAGUGACUUUGGCGCUAAGUUUACAAAAGAGCUUUCAUCCAGCCACUCCAGCAUGAUUGAUCGCCUGUGGAAGAAUGCCACAUCAAUCUUUGGUCUUUCUGCAGAGUGUCUUGCACGAAAAUUCGAUUGCACAGGCAAUCCGACCAUCAAGAAUUUGCUCGGUUACAAUGCAAAUGGCAUGACAGUUGGUGCACGGUACCCCAAAUUACCGCCAUUCUUCUUUCAGGAUGGAUGCAUCACCAAUUGGACAUAUUUGUUUCGAAGCGAGUACUUACUCAAGUUAGCUCUCUUGAUCAUCUAUGGUCCAACUGUAGCGCUUGGUAGCGCACUUCCGGUAUUUCGGUCAAACAGCCCUUACGCCUCUCGCUCAUUCAGGUUGACCAGAGGACAAAAGGUUGUUGAGAAUUUAAAAUUUGUAAAUGGAAUGGAUUUCAUGAACAAUUUAAUUUAUUCUGGCAUUAUUGAGAAGUGGUGUUGCACAAUCCUUGAAAUUUUAUUUAUUGCUCCAAAAAUGCGAAAUCAGCUUGUUUUCCCUGCCAAAUUUGGCACUCUGGAGAGAUUGGACUAUAGCUUUCCAACCACAACACGUAUGAGCAUGAGUUUUUAUUUGUGGCCCCUAUGUCGAGAUCACCCCUAA